AUGGAACCAAAUAGCAAUGUAACUUACUUUGUCCUCUUGGGCCUCACCCAGGAUACAAAGGAACAGAAGGUCCUUUUUGUUAUGUUCUUGCUCUUCUAUAUUUUGACUGUGGUGGGCAACCUGCUCAUUGUGGUGACUGUAAGUGUCAGUAAGACCCUGGGCUCACCUAUGUACUUUUUUCUUGCUAGCUUAUCAUUUAUGGAUGUCAUUUAUUUAUCUUCCAUUUCCCCCAGAUUGAUUUCAGACUUGUUGUUUGGGGAAAAUACCAUAUCCUUCCAAUCUUGUAUGACUCAGCUAUUAACGGAGCACUUUUUUGGUGGAUCAGAGGUCUUUCUUCUGCUGGUGAUGGCCUAUGACCGUUAUGUGGCCAUCUGCAAGCCCUUGCAUUAUUUGGCGAUCAUGAGAAAGUGGCUGUGUGUGUUGCUGCUGGUUGUGUCCUGCGUUGGGGGUUUUCUGCAUUCAGUAAUUCAAGUUAGCACUAUUUAUGGGCUCCCAUUCUGUGGUUCCAAUGUCAUUGAUCAUUUUUUGUACCCCUUAUUGAAACUGGUCUGUACUGACACGUAUGUCAUUGGUCUGUUAGUGGUGGCUAAUGGAGGAGUGAUCUGCAGUAUUGUGUUCGUGCUUUUGCUCAUCUCUUAUGGUGUCAUCUUGCACUCUCUAAAGAACCUUAGUCUAGAAGGGAGGCGGAGAGCCCUCCAGACCUGUGGUUCCUACAUCACUGUGGUGGUCUUCUUCUUUGUUCCAUGUGUUUUCAUGUAUGUAAGACCUGCUAAGACCUUCUCCAUUGACAAAUCUUUGAGUGUGUUUUAUACAGUCAUAACCCCAAUGCUGAACCCACUGAUCUAUGCUCUGAGAAAUUCUGAGAUGACAAAUGCUAUGAAGAAGCUCUGGGGAAGAAAUGUCAUAUCUCUUAGUAGAUAA